UUGGGCAUGGCACUUCUGGUGGAACAAAUCGUGCUCACCAAACCGGAUAUAGUGGCCCAGAUUCAGUUAAAUGCAAAACAACCAAAUGCUCGCCUCAACCUUCCCGUAUUGGAUGGCUCAACACUACGCUCGAUGUCCGGUUGGGAUUCCAGGGACUGGUUGUGGUCCAUCAAACCGACUUAUCCUUUAGGUGAUAGUCACAUGGAAGUAAAAGAUAAAAUCCAAAACAAGUCCACAAGUUUGCCUGCGAAUCGUUACGGUGCACCAGAUCAUCGUGAUUUAACACUGCUAGCAUAUUUCAUGACCGGUUUGGAAGACGCACCCACCAGCCUUCCAAGUCGUCCAAAGACGUCACCACUGGGUCAUCCAGUGGCACACUUUCUGGAUUGUCUGCCCUAUCAUGUACCUGUGGCCGAUCCCCUUAUUUUGGAUACCCCGAAUCCAGAAAGCGGCACUACUCCAAUGCAUGUCGAUGAAAUGCGCACGUCAACCGAACCUCAAGGGAACUCUUUUCGAUUAGCGGUGUGCCUCAUGGGUUCAGCCGCUGGUCUAUUUCCUUCUCCGGCAUAUCAGCUUCCAUUGACAUUGGAAACUGUCAUGGCAUGUCUCAACGCGACAAUCGUAGCUUUGUGUGCUGUUCCCCCUGAUGCGAUUCAACCCUGUCCAAAUUCCAGGCUGUCUGCAGUCGUACCGUUUGAUCCCGUUUGUGAAUGUCUUGGAUUGGCUAUUUGUCGGGCUGUGGAUUCUACAGCGGGAAUUCUCUACUUGACCACUGGCAUUUCUGUGGAACAUUUCCCUAAAGUGACAGCGGUUGUUCGAGGCAAAGUAGAUUUGCCUGCAUGCUUCUUCCUGGAGCAGCCGGUGCCAUUCACACCUGAGGAUUGCCCGGUCCAAACAGAAUUGCCCUACCUUGGUCCGGCUGAGACUCAAGGUAUUGGUCGCGUAGCUUUGCCUUCUCGUCGACAUCAUCCGCGCACAUCACAUCAUCAGAUACAUCGAACCGGUUCCUCGGAAGGAUUCUGUCAAAAUCAGUAA